UUAGAUUCAGCAAUAUUACGUUUUGCCCGUUCUUGAAACGAUGGGCUCCAUCGACCGAUGUUUCCCACGAGUGCUGCACAUAUUUGGCCGUUCAAGUGGACGAGAGAACAGUGAUAUUGUUGGGGAGUAUGUUCAAAGAGGUGCCGUGUAUGGUCGGCCAAUAUACAGGCAGCAGGGCUCCACCACAGUCAUUCGAUACUGGCCACCCUCAAGGCGUUGGCUCAUUGAUCGGGAAGGCCUACGAGAGUCUGAUGUGUGUGUAGCCUUCGCUGCAGAGUCUUUGGACCUUCCUCAUCCAGCACACCCAGAGCUUAUUUGGUGUGUGUGGCAGUCUACAGCUCAAGCGCAUGUUCCAGACACAGAGGUGAUUGCAGUUUCUGGACCUCGGUGUGUGACUAUUGUUGGCAGAGCAGGAGGACGAGAGAAGGAUUUGGUCAAUGGCCAGUAUCAUUUCAGCAACGUAGUUCAUGGGAGGCCUAUGUAUAUUCAUUCCAGGGGUGAUUUGGGACUUCGCUAUGUAAAGGAGGAACACCGCUGGAUUAUUGUCGUGGUCGGCCAGGACAGCUACUGCAUAGCCUUCUCAGAGGCUGCAUUUUUUGAAGACCCUGGUCAUAUUGAGCUUGAGUGGAUGUUUUGGGAGCCGACUGAGGGCAGGUUUUGCCUCGAUCCUGACACCAGGGCUGUAGUUGCUCCAGCUGUUGUCCACAUGAUGGGACGACGGGCAGAGGCAGAGAAUUCUCGAAUCAAUGGGUCAUACCUCCUUGCCGGUAUUAUGGAAGGACGGCCCGCAUAUGUUCAGCCAGGUACCAAGCACCUUAUCCGAUACUCCUCACGCACAGACAGGUGGUUACUUGACCCAGACGGACUAGUGGAGCCAAGUUUGGCUUCUCGACUUUACUAUUGGAUUUUCCGUGGUGAUCUCUCCGCUGCUGGUGACCGGUGCGCUGCCUUUUCCGAGGCAUCAGGUAGUGCUCAUCCAGGUGUGUCACUGCUCGAAUGGUUUGUCUGGGAAUCCAGACGCUCCUGCUUUGUGCUGGACCAAGGAGUACGUUGCACAACAGCUCCUUCCUCCAUCCAGGUGGUUGGUCGAUCCUUGAACCGUGAGAACGAGUUCAUCAACGGUGACUACAUCCUUGCUGGCGUGUGCUGCGGACGAGUAUUCUACCAAAGACCAGGGACUCAGAUCGUAAUUCGCUUCUGGCCAUCAAGGAGCUGUUGGCUUGUUGAUGGAAAUGGGCUGCAACAAGCUGAUGCUUGCUCUGCAUUUGCAGACUGCUUGCCAGACAGCGAGUUUCCAGGUGAUGUAUGCUCACCGUGGUACGUGUACGAAUCAACACGUGGUGCACACUUUGCUGACCUGUCUGUCACCGUUCUUCCAGGCUAUUCGAGCGAUGGACAACUUCAUGAUGGCACGUUUUCCACCAGUCCGUCGCGUUUCUUGGAUGAGGCCAAGGAUAUUUCAAGCUUGCGCCUGUCAAGCGUUCUGCGGCAUGCUCAGAGACGCAAGUGCGUGCUCUAAUCAUUCAAAGAAAAACAUCUAAAUCCUGAGAGCAUUGCAAAACAAAGGUUGGAGAGCUGAGCAACAAAUAUCACCUGUCACCCUGUAAGCUGAAGAUCAAGUGUGCACAAGACUCUGGGCCCGGACGAUCGUGAACAAUAACAGUAUAUAAAACACGAAUAUGGCCAGAAGCUCCACAGAGGAUGAGUUUUGCAUGGGAAAUGGCUCUUUGAGUGGAGCUAGAUUGCUACCAUGCCAGACAACAACACGGACUCUACGGAGCUUGACUCGGAGAAGUUCCUGCAAAGUGCAUUGCCAGUGGCUGCAGCUUAUCAAGCUUUGAAUUCAAUUGAAAGAAUCCAUGAUGCAAUUUAUUUCUAGCUGCUAGCUUGUCUACAAAGGUUGUUCAAUGCGGAUUCUGCAACUGUUCCCAUGUGCUUGAUGGGGACCAAGAAUGUAUAUAGUUAAUUCAGUUUUAAUUCGUUUGUCCAGGGUGAGUCUUUGAUGCUUUUCUGGCACGUUUACAAGUGGACACCUUCAGUGGUUCUGAGUUCACGCUGCUGUGCUUUGAAAAGGUCGCAUGGCUGAUUGCAAUUUGAGAUGUCUUUGUGCAGCUGUGAAAU